AUGUCUUUAUCAACAAUCACAGGCUCACUAGUUAAAACGUGCAAGGCUAAGUUGCUAAACGUUAUUGAAGCAACAUGUAAUGAUUUUAUUGUGACCACUACUCCUGCAGAAAAUGCACUACUUAUUGAUGCUAUGGCAAUUUUACAAAUGAUAAAUACAAUACCCAAUACAUUUAAUCAUCUAGCUAAUGAAAUACUUCAACAAGUAAUAAGAUUAGCUACUUUUCAUAAAUCAUCUCGUGUUGAUUUCGUAUCUGAUCGCUACCCAUUAAUUAGCACUAAGAACGCUGAAAGAGAAAAACGUGCACAAUCAGGUACACAAGCAUUUACCAUCUACAGUGGUGCACAAAAUGUACCAAAGCAGUGGAAAAAAUUUAUGUCCCUUGGACGAAAUAAAGAGGAGCUAAUUAAUUUUUUAUUCAUGUCUUGGUGUGAAUGUGAUCCACAAAUUCUUGUAACUGAAGUCCCUGAGCUUGCCAGUGACCACGAAGAAGCAGAUACAAAGUUAGUUUUGCAUGCAUCACAUGCAUCGCUGGACUACCAAAACAUUGUAAUUAGAAGUCCUGAUACUGAUGUAAUUGUAUUUGCUCUGUCAACUUGUCUUCCGUCAACAGCAUACUUCGAUAUUGGUGUUGGUAACAAACGCCGCAUUAUCAAUAUAAAAAAAUGUGAAUCUGAUCUCGGUAAUGAUUUGUCGAUUGCUAUGACCGGAUUUCAUUUGUUUACAGGUUGCGAUUCAACAAGUGCAUUUUAUGGAAAAGGAAAAGCAAUCGCUUUCAAAGUCCUACGGAAGAAAGCGAAGUACUUAGAUGCUUUUAAAACUUUAGGUGAUUCAGUACCACCAUCUGAUGAACUAGUAAAUAUACUGGAAACAUAUGUCUGUGAUUUAUACGGGGCUGAACAAGAAGAAUCAGUUAAUUCCGCUCGUUACAUAUUAUUCAAAUCUGGUAAAUUUAGCGAGGAAGCGUUACCACCAAAUAAAGAUUCGCUUGUUCAACACAUUAAAAGAGCUAAUUAUGAAGCUUUUAUCAGAAAACGAUCAUAUAUAGCAGUGAUUAACCCACCAAGUCCUUUUGGAAAUGGUUGGUUUAAUGAUCAAGGUUCAAUUGCCAUAUCUUGGAUGGAAAUGCCUGCUGCACCCGAUUCGUUGCUUGAUUUUGUUCACUGUUAUUGCCGUGAUUGUUCCACUAAAAGAUGUUCUUGUAAUAAAGCUGGUGUAGUUUGCACAGACCUUUGCAAAUGUAAUGGUUGCAGAAAUCAUGGUGGUGACCAUCAAGAAGCGGAUGAUGAUAACCAAUCAGAUGAAUCAUACGAGUCUGAGUCUGAUAAUGAUUAGAUUAGAUUUAUAAGUUGUAAUAAAAAUCACUUGUUAUUUAAUAUUUUUUGAUUUUGAACUGCAAGAUAAACAUC